UUUAAUAUUUACUUCCGGUGUCCUAGGUCAAAGUUUAUCCAUUGACGGUAGCAUGCUAUUGGCUGACUGUUAAUGUUAUGAAACUUCAUUGGAUAGAGGAAGACACGCCUUUCGUCAAUCUGAAAGAGCACAACAGACGACAAGGUGAUCCAUGUGCGUCUGAUUUAGACAACAGUAAGCAUGCUGACCGCAAAGAGGGCAUGUGCAGCGAUGGCUGUCCGGCACCUGGUUAGAGCUUCUGUCUCCUCAGCACACGCACACCACUCUCUGAUCCACACCUCCACACCAUGUCGGGACCAGGUUGAGCUGCUUCCUGAAUGGGCCAGUCUGGCUAAGAAACAGCUGAAGGGGAAGAACCCGGAAGAUCUGAUCUGGCGCACGCCUGAGGGAAUCAACAUCAAGCCUGUGUACUCCAAAGCAGACUCAGCCAACAGGGCAGAUGAAUUGCCAGGAGUGUUUCCCUACACUAGGGGGCCCUAUCCCACCAUGUACACCUACAGACCUUGGACUAUCAGGCAGUAUGCUGGCUUUAGCACUGUGGAGGAGAGCAACAAGUUCUAUAAAGAUAACAUUAAAGCUGGACAGCAGGGUCUUUCCGUGGCUUUUGACCUCCCAACGCACCGUGGUUAUGACUCAGACAACCCCAGAGUCCACGGAGAUGUCGGCAUGGCUGGAGUUGCUAUAGACACAGUUGAAGACAUGAAGAUGCUCUUUGAUGGAAUCCCACUGGAGAAGAUGUCUGUUUCAAUGACAAUGAAUGGAGCUGUUAUCCCUGUGUUGGCGAUGUUUAUUGUGACUGGAGAGGAGCAGGGGGUGCCUAAAUCCAAACUAACUGGCACGAUUCAGAAUGAUAUUUUGAAGGAGUUUAUGGUACGCAACACUUAUAUUUUCCCCCCGGAACCUUCCAUGCACGCCAUUGCAGACAUCUUCGCUUAUACCUCCAAGCACAUGCCCAAGUUCAACUCCAUAUCCAUCAGUGGCUACCAUCUUCAGGAAGCUGGAGCUGAUGCCAUCCUGGAAGUAGCCUACACCAUCGCUAACGGCCUGGAGUAUUGCCGCACUGGUCUGACAGCAGGCUUAACCAUCGAUGAGUUUGCCCCAAGGUUGUCAUUCUUCUGGGGUAUUGGGAUGAAUUUCUACAUGGAAAUUGCCAAGCUGAGGGCAGCCAGGAGGUUAUGGGCCACGCUCAUUAAAGAGAACUUCCAGCCCAAGAAUGCCAAGUCUCUCCUCCUCCGCACACACUGCCAGACUUCAGGCUGGUCUCUCACUGAACAAGAUCCGUACAACAAUGUGAUCCGUACAGUGAUUGAGGCCAUGGCAGCUGUGUUCGGGGGGACCCAGUCACUCCACACCAACUCGUUCGAUGAAGCUCUGGGCUUGCCCACAGUGAAGAGCGCUCGCAUUGCCAGGAACACCCAGAUCAUCAUCCAGGAAGAGUCGGGCAUCCCCAAAGUCGCUGAUCCCUGGGGGGGCUCGCACAUGAUGGAGGCUCUCACGGAUGACGUCUACAACACAGCUUUGAAGUUCAUUAAAGAAAUUGAAGAGAUGGGAGGCAUGGCCAGAGCUGUGGCAGAGGGCAUUCCAAAACUUCGUAUUGAGGAAUGUGCCGCUCGCAGACAGGCCCGCAUUGACUCAGGAUCGGAGGUCAUUGUCGGGGUGAACAAGUACCGUCUGGAAAAAGAGGAGACUGUGGAGGUGUUGGCUAUAGAUAACACUGUUGUACGUGAGAAACAGAUUGAAAAACUGAAAAAGGUGAGGGAGAGUCGUGACGCCGAGGCAGCGAAGAAGUGCCUGGCAGCCAUUGAGGAGUGUGCCCGAACCAGGGAGGGCAACCUUUUAGCCCUGGCUGUGGAGGCAGCAAGAGCCAGAUGUUCAGUUGGUGAAAUAACUGAUGCCAUGAAGAAAGUGUUUGGUGAACACAAGGCCAGUACCAGGAUGGUGAGCGGUGCUUACCGCAGCGAGUAUGGGGAGCAUGAAGAGAUCACCUUGUCCCACAAUAGAGUUGCAGAUUUUAAGAAGCACGAGGGCAGGAACCCCCGACUGCUGGUGGCAAAGAUGGGCCAGGAUGGUCACGACAGGGGUGCCAAAGUCAUCGCCACAGGGUUUGCUGAUCUGGGCUUUGAUGUGGACAUCGGACCACUGUUUCAGACUCCCCUUGAGGUUGCCCAGCAGGCGGUUGAUGCAGACGUACACUGUGUCGGGGUCAGCACGCUUGCCGCAGGACACAAGACCCUGGUCCCAGAGCUCAUCAAGGAACUACGGAAGCUCAACAGGCCAGAUAUCCUGGUCAUCUGUGGAGGCGUCAUCCCACCACAGGACUAUGAAUUCUUGUACCAGAGUGGUGUGUCCGCCAUCUUUGGCCCAGGAACAAGGAUCCCACAAGCUGCAGUGGAGGUUAUUGACAACAUUGAGAAGAGCCUUGAAAACAUCCGUCAGGCCAUGUGAACGCUUGGAAAAAAAACAAAAAAACUACAACUUGAAGAACUGUCUAUUCAUGUUGUAUGAACAACAACGUCACAAGUGGGAGCUCACACAAUACAGUCUGUUUGAUGUGUUGCUUAAGAUUGUAAAAAAACAAAUGUCAUUCCCCACCAUGAGAACACAGCAUGUACAGCAGUCAAAAUGAUUAAAAACCUGUUGUUGUGGUUGUAUUAACAUUGCAUUCUCAGUAUAUCAAAUUUGAUUUUAAUUAUUAAUAGAAUUCUCACAGGUUGCCUGUCAGUCCUGUAACUUCACAAAGAAAAAAAAAAAGGACUUCACAAACAGUGUUUAGGUUUGUUUAUUCAAGGGAUCACUCAAAAUCUAUUUGUUGUCACACACAACCACUUCAGUUGGAUAAAUGGUGAUUUAAUAAAUUACUUUACCCUUUUGAAAUAAUUAAUUCAUGCUUAUGUGUGAAUUGCAGUUGUUAACAGGGUUAUUAAUAUCCUAGAAAUUCCAGAAUUUCCAGAAUUUCCUGACUCUUGGGCAAUACUAUAGUUUAAUAGGAAGUACUUCAAUAUUUAUGACAGAAAUUAGAAUAUAUUAAGACUCACAAAUGAUAAACAAUAAAUCAUACACUACAUUUAAUCACUUUAGGAUAUGCUAAACAAACAUAAUACUGUACCAUGUGAUAUAAACUUUGACUUGAGAUGAGUAGAGCAGAGCAUUUCUUUUUGCCAUCCAAGAUAAAACAUUACACCACAGCACUAUAAAAACUACUUGAAAUUUAAUGCUUCUUUUGUGAAAUUUGUGUGUAAUUUUCAAUUACCUAGCAGGGUGUGAUUAGUGCCAGUGCUGUGGAGAUGGAUAGGCAGAAAUUCACAACACAACAAACCUCUUAUGAGCAAUUACCACUGCCUUUUAUUUCCAUGGAUAUUAUCAUUUUGAAAGUGACCUUUUGUUGUCUUCUCUUGCCUCUCUGCAUCAUGUUUAACUUAUCCAACUUCGCAAUUUAUGAAACAGAAAUAGUAUUUUUCUACUUGUGAUACUGAAUCAGAUUUAGCGCUCUUUGGUCUAAAUAAAGUAUGUGAACUUUGGAAAUGUGACUCAUGUCCUAAAAUUAUGUGCAAUGCAGCACCUUUUUCUGAGAUGUUCAGUAAAGCCUGGUACGGUAGAGGUCAACUUUUUUAACUGAAUGUUAAUAUCUCACACCUAACUGGUGAGAGUUUAUGAAAAUUGGGAGGAUAAUUUAUUUUGACACCGUUUUGACUGACAAAAUUGCAGUAAUUGGCUUGAUUUGAGGUUUGAGCAAUAUGUACUUGUUAGAGACUGUGACCCUUGCAGCAGUUAUUCGCUGGAGAUGCUAUAUGCUCGUGGCUGAACAUGUGAAUACUUGUUAGUAGAAUAAAUUCUAUGUUUGGUUUUGGUCCAAAUUUGUUGGUAAUAAAAAGAUAAAAUAAUGA